AUGGCUAUAAUAUUUGGAAAGCGAUAUCGCGAUUCGCGUGUCGUGUUGACUGUAUUUGCAGUGUUGCUAUUGAUUUUUGUGUACCGAUCGCAUUCUGCCGAUGAUGCUGUUGAGUUCCAAUCUCUACAGCCCCCCGCACCAAAGAAAAAAACUGGAACAAAGGAAAUCCAGCCGCAUCUUCAGCAGGAAGGCUGGUUGAGCUCGAAGAUGUCGCGAUGUGCUAAUUAUCUUGAUUAUUCGCAACAGAUGCACAAGCCUCUCUCCUCCGGUUCUCUGAAGCUUCCAUAUAUGAGACCUCCGGAAUCAUGUCGAACUUUCAGUUCUGCUGCUGUGGAGAAGGUGAUCCUGGAUCUGAAGGAGCGAGUGAGAGAUCCUGACUUGUCUCGUUUGAUUGAGAACUGUCUCCCAAACACUUUAGACACGACGAUUUUGUGGCAUGACAGCUCAAAGACAGAUCCACGCACUUUCGUAGUGACGGGAGACAUCCAUGCGGAAUGGCUCCGUGAUGCUGCCAGGCAGUUGUCAGUGUACCAGCCAAUGGCACGGUAUGACCCAGCUCUUCAGCUUAUGAUCAAGGGUGCAAUUGCACAACAGGCCAACUACAUACUGAAGGCUCCAUAUUGCAAUGCCUUCCAGCCCCCGCUCAAGUCCAAUGUAAAGAGGAAACCGUCCACUGUGGACUACGUAUCCCCCCCUCCACCAUGGAGGCAUGUUUUCGAGUGCAAAUGGGAGAUUGACUCUUUGGCUUCGUUUUUAACUCUGUCCAAUGACUACUAUGAUAACACGGACGAUACUUCCUUCAUGACCAAAGAGUGGUUUUCAGCAAUGGAGAUGGUCCUGGUCAUUUUGCAGAGAGAAAGCUCACCCACAUUUGAUUCUCGGGGCAACAUUCUUCCAUUUUAUUACAGUUUCCAGCGCGAUACACGCAUAGGAACAGAAACCCUUCCUUUAGCUGGAACCGGAAAUCCAGUCAAUUUUGAUACCGGUCUGGUGAGAUCGGCGUUCAGACCCUCAGACGAUGCGUGUACGUUCCAGCUUUUUGUACCUGGAAAUGCCCAGAUGUACGUCGAGUUGAACAGAGUGAUACCGUUGCUCUCAAACGCAGGCCAGGCCAAGCUUGCCAAAGUUGCUUCCGGCUUUGCAAAGAACAUUCGCAACGGUAUCUACCAGCAUGCCAUAGUGAACCAUCCCGUUUAUGGAAAGGUGUUUGCUUAUGAAGUAGACGGCUACGGCAGUGCCAGUUUCAUGGAUGAUGCGAACAUUCCGUCGCUUCUCUCUCUGCCUGAUCUAGGUUUUGUUGAGAAGACAGACUCCAUCUACAGGGCUACGCGGAAGAUGAUCAUGGCGAAGAAGGGCAACCCAUAUUAUCUCGAGGGCGCGUUUUUCAAAGGUAUUGGAGGACCACACAUUGGUAUUAACAAUGCCUGGCCUAUGUCAUUGCUGAUAGCAAUUCGUACGACUGACAACGAUGACGAAAUUGCGGGCUAUCUCACCACGUUGAUGAAAACCACCGGCAGGCUCGGUCUAAUGCACGAGAGUAUUGAUGUUAACUCGCGUGGGGGGAUGUCAUACACGAGACCGUGGUUUGCGUGGGCCAACUCAGAGUUUGGAAAGACCAUCCUGGACCUGGCAAAGCGGAAGCCUCAUCUUAUAUUCAACAGCGAGUAUGCGCAAACGCCAUAUGAUGUCGAUGAGGCGAUGAAGGCGGCGGGUUUGGUAAAGGCGGCACCCGCAGCGAAGGCUACCUGA